AUGCUUCCACCACUAUCUGAAGUAUACAAUAGUGCUGAAAUACUUUUCAAAGUAUACAAAGGUUCACAAACUCACAAGGAUAUGCUCUGUCAAUGGCAUUUAGAAGUUCGUAAUGCAACUCAUAACCAUGAUCCUUCACAAGAUAUAUUGGGCUAUCCUAUUGUUUAUAGACUUACAAAGCAAUAUAUAGUGAAUGUUGAAGUGAUGACUAUUGCUAGUUCCCAUUCAAAAGAAAUUAUGACAACUCUUAGGCAAAAUAACCUAUUGAUACUAAUUACUAACAGUGAUAUUUAUAAUAUGCAUGCAAAGCUUCAGCAACAGAACUUAGCAGGUAAGGAUAUAGAGAAUUAUAGGUGGGCUCUAACACAUGUUUUAUGCUUGUUUGAUAGAGCAGAGAUACCAGGCAUUAUUGUAACUAAUAGAGAGCUUGCUCUUAUGAAUGCUCUCAAUAUAAUAUUUCCCAAAUGGCUAGAAUCUCAGCAAUCAAUAGCACAAGAGACAUUAAAAAAUAUAAUUGAUACUUCACUUAUCUUGCAAAAUCUCUAUGUAGUUUAUAUGAAAGAAUAUCUUUUAGGUAUCUCUAAUAAACAAACCAAUUCAACCAGAAGAGAUCCUUCUAGUUUUGAAUUAAUAGAUCAUAAA